AUGACAUUUUCAGUCUCACGCCAACCCAACCUUUCUAAAACCAAUAUCUUGGACAAAGCAAAUAGUCUUGAGUGCUACCAUGAACUUGGCCUGCUCUGCUUCCCUUCUGACAAAACCCCUAGAAAAUCCCCCCAAAACCCUCCCCAAAAAAAAAACACCCCCAUCGAUGACGGACCCCGCCUCCGGCUUCUCUCGACCCCGACGCCGCCGCAGCCCCGGCCUGAUCCCCGCGACUCCGCGAUCGGAGCCCUGAACACCAUCAUCCAGCUCCACUACGAGAAAACCCGAAAGAAGCACUCCAUCGACCUCCAGAAGAAGCACCUCCACAAGCUCCUCCACCUCUUCCUCCUCCUCAUCUCCCUCCUCCUCCUCUCCCUCCUCCAGCCCCGCCUCCGCUGCCGCCACUGCUGGCUCCCCCUCUCCGUCCUCACCCUCUCCUUCCUGGCCUUCUACGUCUCCGUCGCCAGACCCUGCGCCGCCCGCCAACGGCUUCAGGUACCAGAGCGGUGCCACAAGCUGACGCUGGCGCUGGCCACGGAGAGGCUGCGGAGGCUGCGGAGGGGGGAGGAGGAGGCGACGCCGCCGUCCGUCGAGGUCUGCUACCAGGAGCCGCCGAGAGCUACCUGGGCAAGUUCAGGAGAGCUGGGCUCUGUAUCUCGGCUUCUUGGCUCUUGUUUUCGGGUCAUGGUCUGUGGCUCCGUCGCGGUCCUGUGCUUUUAGAUGGAGAUGGCGGUGCAGCGUUAAGGGCGGCUACACGGUUCGCGGGCGUAUUUUGGUAAUUAUGGGGCUCCUGUUUUCAUGGCAU